AAAUGUCUGAAUGUGAAUGUCUGCUGCAUGUAUCGAUUGUACAUGUUGGAUUAUUUUGAGAUCUUUAUUGAUAGGAUUUUCAUAUAGUUUUACUCAUUAGAUAUAAAUAUUGAUAAUGCAUCAAUAACAUGAGUAUGGCAAUGUUGGAAACCAAUGAUAUUCCCGAUCUCGAUAUUUUAAUAAACGCAGCAGAAAAUGGAGAUUCUUCAGAAGGAAGCUGUCCGGAUAAAGUAGCUUUUGAUCCUGAUGAAUAUGCUGGUGUGGUACAAUGGUAUAAUCAACAAACACAAAAUUUACAGGAACACUACGAUACCCAUCUCGAGUAUCAAAAGCAAAAAUUAGCUGAAGAAAAUGAAGCUGGAUUAUUAGAAGCGUUACAACAAUCUCUUGACAAUUUUGAAUCUGAUCACAUGUCAGAUUUUGCUUGUCUUUCUUCAUCAUUAGACAAUCCAUACUCAACAUGCACUUUCUCUAACUCAAGUCCUACUAAAACAUAUACAAGUCCCAAUUCAUCAUCAGACUUCAACAAUCUUUUGGGUCAGCCAUCAAUGCUCAAGAAACUACUCUUGAGUCCUUCAAAUGAAAAUUAUCCAAAGGAAAUAGAUUCACCGAAUUCAUCAGAUGCCUCUUCCAGCAAGUCCAAGAUAUCGAGUCCUUCGCAAAGUUCAUCAUCAAGUCGUGAAGAUGACUUUCGUCCCAAGAUUCCUAGAAAAAAGAAACCUUUCGCUGAAUUAUUAAAGCAUAUGGAGGCAAUAGAAACUGAUGCUAAAGAUGAGAUAAAUGUGGUUGAUCCUCCAGUAGUUCAAAAACCAAAACCUAUACAAACAACAAGAUUAUUGAACACUAAGCAGUACAUGAGAAAAUAUGGAUCAGCACCAAACAGCAGGGAAAGAACACCACCCUCAGAAAAGGUGACUGCAAAACAGCCAAAGAGAGCUAGGAUAAUCCUUCAUCCUGUGUCAAAAUCCAUUAAUUCAAGUGGAUCGCAGAAUACAAAAAGUAGUGAAAUAUCACUAAAACCAAAAUUACCAGAAUCUGUGAAUUUAAAACAGCAGUUAAUCAGCAAUAUUGCAUCGCCAAUAUCAUCUGCAAGUGAUUCCUCAGUGUCAAUUAAAAGCAGCAAGAGAGGAGCGAAUAGUGAAAUUGAUUUACUGAAAGUAAAGAGAUCUCGAAUUGAAGCUGUGAAUGAUGAAAAUGGCCAAAGAAAGUCGGAAUCUAAAUCUGUGGAUCACGAUUACUGUAAUGGUCAAGACGCAGCUAACAAUUUUAUUACAACAAAUUCUGGAACGAUUGGCGGAUCAGAAAGUAAAGAUUCUGAAGGAAGUUUCACUCAACCUGAGAAUCCGCCAGCUUCUCAGUCAAAACUAGCAUCACAGAAAGUUCUUAAGUGGGAAGAUUAUCUUCAACAAGUUCGAGCGGGAACAAGAAGUGCUCCUAACAGCCCAACAUGCUCACCAAAGGUUUUAAGGGGUGCAGCUCGAACGCCAAACAAUUUUAUGGUUGUUUCGAUCCCUGCAUCUUCGACUCCACAACCAAAAAUGAUUUUGACAUCAUCCGCGGAAAAUAGAGUACAACAUCGCUCACAGAAAGUUGUGCAUGAAAAUGUUCCAGUUCCCUUACCUGAACCUUUACGUAAAACUGUCAUCAAGAACCAGUGUGGUUUACUUGAAUUUGACGAAUACAUUUCGGUGCUAAAGAACACUUUAAAUACGCCAUCAUCCAUAUCUGAUACCUUGGGCGAUAAUGUAUCAAGUAUUGUAACAGGCACUGAUGCUUUCUUAUCCAGUGAUCCAUCCACUGUGAAUGCUUCACGUAUGAAGAAUUCCGUGUCGACAAAACCACAAUGCACCAUCGUUCAAAGAGAUCGAAAAACCGAUAAAGUGCGCAAUAACUCUGGAUUUAUCAAACCAACUACGAAAGCACAACUUCUUAAAAUCGGAAAUAAUUUACGGAUUUUGCAGACUAGUAUUAAUAGUAAUAACACUAUCAAUGUCAAAUCAUCGCCAGUUGUUGGCAGUUCAGGACAGAUGUUAAUGAUACAAGUUCCAACAACUGCAACUUCUUCAUCAAAACCAGCGCCGGUUCCAGUCGUAUGCAAACUUGUGAGCAGAAAUAAGGAUUUGAAAUCUGUAUCAAAUGUUAAUAGUGAUGUUAUUCCUAUUCAACCUUCAUCCGUCGUUAAAACCAUACCGGUAUCAUCACCAAUGAAAUUACCCAGCUGUUCAAAUGCUUCAUCGGUUCCGACUGAUCCACGUGAUAAACGAAAUCCUGUCACCCCUGUCAAAGAUUUGAAAAUUCCAGCUAUGAUGACAAAUAGGUCCAUGCAACAAAAACAAACCGAAUCUGUCGGUACAAAACAACCAGCUUCACCGACUUUUAAACUUGUUACGUCUAAUAAACAUGGUGUCGAAACAAAGUCGUUAAUUCUUAGCGGUGUGACUGGACAAUUGAAAGACAUUUUGACUCUUAUGGCAAAGCAGCAAAUUAAGAAGAAAGAUGAAAGUACUUCUCCGCAGGAUAUUGCUGAUAAUAAAGAACAACAAGCAGACGCGUUGAAAAAACUAUUAUCUGUGAUAGGAUCUCUUAAGCAGCCAGGAAAUGAUCAAGUUCCUGUUGUGAAAGCGGGAAGUUCGCAUAGCGAAACAGCAAACUGUCGACAAUCUAGUUCAGAAAAAUCUUCUUUUCCUUCACCAUUGACGUUGAUUCAUGAAAUCAAACAAAACUUCAAUAAAAAGAAAGAGGCUGAACUACAUGAAAAGCAAAGGAACGUUGCAGUGAAUGAUAAAAAUCAGUCAAGCAAGACUGUUUCAUCCAUUGCGAAGACUUCUAAACUUAUUCAGAAUGUUGAACCAAUUAUGAGUACAAAAUUAAAACCAGUAGUUCAGACAAUUAUUGAUCAACCAUCAUUUUCUGCAUCAUCUAAAAUGGUUACCAGAAAUGAACAUAAUAACAAAAAUUUGAAUUCGGAAAUGAUACACGGGGCAUCUUCAACAGAAGCUUCAGAUAUCAUUACAUUGGUUAAAGAUUUUCCAAAUAAUGUUUUACUACCUGUCACCUCACACAAAUUGCAGACAUCAUCUGCACAGUCAUUGCAAUCUGAUUCAAAUGCAAUUACUACAAACUCGUCACCCUGUGUAUCUAGUACAACCAGUAUGGCUAUUUCAAGCGAAACACAAUCCAUUUCAAAUGUUCCAAUUACAAGCACUAUUCCUAAUUUGAUUUUAUCCAAUCAGACAGUAGUUUCUUCAUCUAAGUUACAACCAAGCGAUUCUGAUGCCUCAACUGUACUUCUUAAAUCAAACCACAGGACUAAGGACUCUGAAAAUAUCCCAUCUGACCAAAUUGAGCUGAAUUGUAAUGUUGUUAAAGACUGUCCUCAGGAAUAUGUACCUUUCAAACCAGACAUUGCACCUGAUUCUGCCCUUCCUAUUGAUUUUAAUAUAAAUACCUCCGUUGCUGGGAACCCUAAUAAAUCAAGCACAGAAUUCGCCAGCACGCCAGUUCCUAUUUUACACCCUGGAGAGGAAAUGGAAGUUAUUGAUGAAGUGCUACCAAUAUCAUCUGUCACUGUCUCCUCACAACCUUCUGAGAUCAUCACAAAUACAGAUACGGUGCUGUGUGCUAACCAGUCAAAAAGUACAGCAAAAUUUUCAAUGACUCGGAGUAUGGCGGCUGCUGAAAUGUUAGCUUCUGAUGUUAUCGACGAUGGAACUCAAGAGAUUUUGCUCUACAACAAAACAACGGAAAACACAAGCCCGGAAGUUGAUAAUAAUAAUAAUAAUGCAAUGGAAUCGACUCCUCUAAUCGAUGAUCCUGAUCCAGCUGUUAUAACGUUAGAAGAUGCAAUGGCAAGUUUAGAAGAAGAUCAGUUAUUAGGUGGACCAGAUGAAACAGUCGCAACUAAUCUAUCCACUGCUGAUAAGUUAUUCUGCAAACUUCCAUCAUAUUUUUUGACUGGAAAGCUCGUUUCAGAAGGUAGUGGAAUGAGAUCCAGUGAAGGUAGUGAUUCACGAAGCAGAUGGCGUCUAGCAAAUAUGUGGUCUUAUCAACUCAAAAGAGAAAGACAAGAGGAUGGUGCGGAUGGGUUAAAGAAACGAGGAUUGAGGAAUGUCAUGUGUGAUCCACUGAUUAACACAACAGAUAACACUGGAAAUGACAUUGAACUUGAAUUUAACAAAUUACCUCAUUAUUUUAGUUCCGGUAAAACAAGGCCAAAUAGUGUAACACGAAACAGUGGAAGAACCCAGAACCUGAAAAAAUCAAGAAGUAGCAAUAAUUUUGCUGUGAAAUUAACAGCAGUAGGAGAGAGUCAACAUUUAACUCCACAGGGAACUCCAGUCAAUGAAUCAGAAACAUAUUAUUCAAGGCUUCCUACCUAUUACUCUUAUGGACGUCCUCACCCUGCAGUCAAAACUUUCAAUGAUGAUGUUGCGGAUGCAAAAGAUGACACUGUUACUUCUGAAAUUCUAACACAUGAUAAACAAGAACGCGAAAAGCACAGACAUUCAAGAAAAAAGAGAAAAACAAAAAAGAGAAAGAAACACAAAAAACAUAAAAGUAGCAAACAGGAUGAAGAAACAUCACAAAAAGUUUUAUACUCUAAAAUUCCAAGUUACUAUUUAUCUGGUCGAGUAGUAGCAAGUCAAGGUAAUGAUGAUUCUCGCCGCAUGUCACCACCUCAUCGAUCUCCAUCUGUUCGUUAUUCUUCCUCACCAGACUCCCUAUAUUAUUCGUCAAGGAGUAGUCGAUCCAGGUCAAGGUCGAGAUCUAGGUCACGAAGAAGAUAUUCCAGAGGAAGAUCAAAACGAUCAUUCACACCAAGAGAAAGAAGUUAUUCUAGAAGUUCGCGUUCACCUUCUUAUUCAUCGAGUUGUAGUGAAAAAGAAUAUCGUGGAACAUGGGAUAACGAAAGAAGGUCAAGGGAGGCGAGACGGAAUAGAAGAGAAAGAUCAAGAGAAAAAAGAAGAAAAAGUUACGAUUCCUCAGAUGAAGAUUCAGAUGAUUACCGUCGGAGAAGAGAAAGGGAAGCUUGGAAAGAAAGAAGACUUUACCAGGAAGCUAAAGAAAAGAAGCAACAACGUGCAAUGGAAGAACGUCGUGUUGUGUACGUUGGUGGUAUUGACAAAAAAAUGACAAAGCAGCAAUUGCGACGAUUAUUUAUACGUUUCGGCAAUAUUGAUACAGUAGGACUUUAUUUCCGUGAAGAUAGUGACAGUUAUGGAUUUGUGACAUUUCAACACAAGAAUGAUGCAUGUCGAGCUAUAGAGGAAGGAAACAAUGGAUUGGGACCCAAUGAACCUCGUUACACAUUGUGCUUUGGUGGACGAAGACAGUUCUGCAAAACUGCUUAUGAAGAUUUAGAUAGUAAAAUGCAGGAACCAGAACCGAAGGAAGAAGAACUCGAUGAUUUUGAUGCUCUGUUAAGACAAGCUAAACGUAGCUUACAUCGUUGAACAAGAAUUCUUUCAAUAUAUGCCAAAUUUCUGAAUGCACUUUGUGUUCUUAAAAUUCUAUCAUUUUGUUUUUUUCGGGUUUAAUUUCGAUUUUAAUUUUUUUGUUUUUUUGUUUGCAAUUUCUAUCUAUCAUUGGCCACUGUGGAUGUUUGACAUCUGGCCAAAAAAUUAGUUUUUUUUUCAGAUUCGAUUUAUUUUCUCCCUUUUAUGGUUGUUUUACUGCAAUCAGGUAAUUUUUCCAUGAAUUGAACUGUCAUCUAUGCUUGGGUGGUUCAAGUGAUAUAUCCAUGUGUAUCACCAAUAAAACAUACAACGUCACAAAACUCCAACAAUAGUUUAGGACAGAAAUUUGAUUUUCAUAUACGCUACAAGCUUUUAUGAAUACUAAUCAAUAUGAACAAUUUGUAAAAGUUUGGCUAAUAAAUCAGUGAUGUGUGCAUUGAUGUCUUUCGACUAACCAACUCUACUAGUUUAAGGCACUGGCGAUAGUUAUCUAAUUUCAGGCACUCAAACUAACUGUUACUAACUAUUACACUGUUUAAUUUUGGAAAUUGCUUAAAAACUACUUAAACUUUUUUGGUGCGACCAUUGGGGUGCUAUGCUUAAGGCCCACGCCUCUGAAAAACAUCAUGGUUGAAAUUGGUUCUCCUAUUGUUUUCCAACGCUGCUCAUUGAAUUGAAUGUGAAAUGAGUUUUCAAUCAUUAGCUGUUGAUGUAUGUCCAUUCUGUAUGGUUGAAUAACAGAUUUCCCCUUAAUCCACUCGAGGAAGUGAGUGAAGUGCAUCGGCACUUUUUUGACUAUUCUAUUUUUGGUGUCGGUUUUUUCAGCUUUUCAUAUUUGUUCCAGCAACAAUUUUUGCGACUAUU